UUGACAGCAGUCGUGCACACGGCAGAACACGGAAGCAUGACUGAGAAAGGAAAAGAGGACGGCUCCGUCGCCGAAACCUUGGAGGAGAAGGUGCAGGAGCUGGUAACGGACGCGAAAGAGGAGACGGGUGGUUCCACCUCUGCUGCCGGCGUUUUAGACACUCUGAAGGGAGGCUUUCAGACAGUUACCGGCGGGGUGGGAAUGGUCUGGCAAACGUUGGGCGAAUGGAAAGAUCAAGGAACUCCGUUGAGAAAAAUGUUCAAGACGGCACGGUUGGACAUAGAAGAUACCGCAGCGAAGGCACGAGAGAGGGCCGCCUGCAGGCAGACGAAGAUGAGGGAGAACAUGCAGAAGAUGGCCGAGGAGAGGCAGGCGCGUUUCAAGGAGUUCGACAAGUCAGGGGCGCGGAGCUCACGAGUGAUGAACAGGCGCCGUUCGCUGACUGUCUGCCCUGGCUCUCUCCUCCUCCUCCUCCUCAUCAUUAUGGCCUUUUGCGUGUUGUCGGCGUCGAUUAUGAUCGGACGUUGAUCGCUUUCUUUGCGGAUGGCCUUGUCGCGUGUCUCUGUUGUUUUUAUGCAUGUACACCUCUAUCUGUCUGUCAGCGCUGACAAAAUGCUCGGAGAUAAAGAAACAACACCCCGAGCUCGUGGUCGGGGGCUUCACGCUCGCAGUGGCCCUGCCUUCGGCACUCGCCGGACGGCGGGCGUUCUUCAGGAACGGUGCGAGAGCUUUGGUGCUGUCGUCUGCCGUGGUGUACGGGGGAGCAUGGAUGAAGCGGCGAGGCCUCACACCGCCUCAACUCGUAGGGAGCGAUGACAGCGAGGCCCCGCGACCGCAGUGAUACGCCGAUCGAGUCUUUCACACUAAGCACGAUAUGUCUGCUGCAAGUCGGAGGGAAGGAGGGGUUGGGGUUCGGGCAGAGAGGGGCGUGCAGGAUUUCAUGGCCUUCUCUCUCGCGAAGAGGUCAUGUGUUGGAGGGAGAGGUGGAGGGACGGAGGGACAGGGGCGGGGAGGAGAUGUGCUUCCCGCGUACAUCGGCAUGCACCAAUUUGGUGAGAGUGAACAACCGAUAUCUUCUUGUGCAGGUCAUGGGCUGACCUGCCUACCAGCUCAAUGAUGAGAACGGUUCUCUUGCUCCGAAACCGAAUGAUUGACUGGAGGCUAAAAGGUUCGCCUUGGGAUUCUGGCUAUGCCGUUGUCAUGGCAAUUUCAUUUUGCAGGAGUAGCAGCUCGCAUUCGAGCAUUUGAUAC